AUGCGAGGAAACGUGGGCUCGAAUGCCUCGAGCUGGCAACGCUGCAUCGGCCGCGACACGCCACCCGCGGUGACACGAGUCAAAGGUCACAGCGCCACUUCACUAAUGUCUUCGUCAUCUAAACAAUCGUUUUCACAUGGAUCCCAUAAACUCACCGUGAUAAAACCGUGUAGCGUGAUCAAACGUGGCUCGCGGCCCGCGCCCGAGCGGCCGAGCCCGCGGCCCGUGCUGCGUGGCGCCGUCUCGCUCGCACCCCCCGCUCCCCGCCCCGCCCGUCUCGCUCGCACCCGCCGCCCCCUCCGCGCCUCGCGCCGACCCCCCGCCCCCGCCGCGCCACCGACGCCGCCUGGCGGCCGCGCGCGGAACUCUCGUGCACUAAAAGAAUAUUCAAGGAAGUUGUGUUGCGCAAUUCGUUCUGUAAAUAUUGUGUUCGAAGUGCCAAUUCGUGUCCGUGCGUGUGAGUACGGUGUCGAAUCCCGUUUGGAGGCUUUUUUGGACGGAUUUAUGCUUAAAGGUUAUCGGUGGUGGUGCAGUGUGGUGGUGUGUGUAGUG